AUGUCGACGAGAAAGAGAAAGCAGGAAGAAGAGGCGGAACUCCAAGCACUCCCGAGCGAUGAGAGCGACGAGGAAGAAGAGUAUGAGGCAUCUGAUGCGUCCGACGUUGGCGAGGACGAAGUCUCUUCUGAGGAGGAAGAAGACGAGGGAGCUGCUGAAGCCCCCCCAGCUGCCAAGAAGCGCAAGACAGCUCCCGCCUCCAACAAGGACGCCCCUGAAGUAGUGAGCGAUGAGGAGGAAGAGGAAGAAGACGAGCCCGAGGAAGCUUCCGAUGAAGAAGCUGUACCCGUGGAAGGUGACGAGGAUGAAGACGGGGAGGGCGAAAGCGCCGAUGAGGCUAGGGGAGUCGAAGCAACAGCCAAGUCGGGUGGACCCGCUGCAUCGGCAAAGGCCGCAAAGGGAUCAGCUGUCCCGAAAGAGGAUGACCUAGAAGAAGUGAAAGGUGAUUCGGAGUAA